UCCUUAACGUGCCAGACUCAGAUCUCUAUUUAAGAAUGUUUCGGGAAAAUUCAUAGCUACCAUAUCUCUUUCAUCAAUUUUUCCGAAAUUAAGAAAACAAGACAUACCUUAUAGAUUGGAUCAUAAUUUGAACGUUUGUGACAUAAAUUGGAUCAACAUUAACUUGCAAGUUUUGAUGUUUUAAAUGCUCGGAGACAGAUUUUAUUGUAUAGUAAUAGUAAUUCUUCUCGGAUUGCUUGAGGUAGAAGAGAACUUUAUUUGUAUGGUAAAUUUUUGUAGGCUCGAUCAGGAUUGUCUCUAGUAGAAGAUAUUAAUAUGCAAGCGGUGGGGAGGCUUGGCAGCUUCAUCAGCCGCGGUGUCAACACCGUUUCAGGGACGUUCCUCCCUUUCGGUGGCGCGGUGGAUAUUGUUGUGGUUCAGCAGAAGGAUGGGAGCUUCAAAUCCUCUCCAUGGUAUGUAAGAUUUGGGAAAUACCACAAGGUUUUUAAGGAAGAGGAGAAGGAAAAGAUAGAGGUUCAUGUCAGUGUCAACGGUGUAGAACCUGAUUUCAACAUGUAUUUGAACCGUAAUGGGGAAGCUAUUUUCCUCCAUCAUGCAGAUACACAAGAAGAAGAAGAAGAAGAAGAGGAGGAGGAGGAAUCUACGCUUUUUGGUGGUGAAAGUGAAACUGAUGAUAUCACAUCACCGAGUGGUAGGAGGCAUUUCAAGUCCAAAAGUUGGAACUUUGAUUCACCAGACAAGUCAAAUUCAGAUGCUAAGGUUGUUGUGGGAAGGACUAAGUCUCGCCGUGCCCGAAUUCUUGGGCUUGUGUCAAGGUCUUUGAGAGGGGAAGGUGGAGAUGGUGAUGUGAAUGGGGUGGAUUUGAGGGAGCGUGCCGAGAUUGCAGCCAAGUUGUUGGAGCUGAAGUGGUCCACCAAUCUCAAUUUUGAUCAUAAACUACCUUGUAGGGAUAGGAAGAAGACUAGGGGUGAUGCCUUGGACAACGGUUUGCCUUUACCACCGCGUAAAAUGAAGGAGGAAGCUCGUUCUUGCAGUGAUCAAGAUGGCAUCAGUUCCAAGCCUGUGUUUAAUGAGAUGUUGUGCCCUGCAAGUGCAGGAUGUGGAGAUGUUCGUGUCCAUGCUCAGGAGGUCUUGCAUGCUGCAACUCUAAUGCUACCUGAGGUUGCACAAAGUGAGGAACUCACUAAGAAUUCUGACAUUGGGAGGCCAGCAAUAAAGGCCUCUGAGUUACAUUCUCAGCAAAGAGAUUGUUCCCAUUCUGGUAGGAGUGAUGCCGGGGAUGUUGUAAAAACACCAAAGUUUCGAAAAUCUCAAACUAUCAAUCUUGGUCGAAGAGAUUUAGUUAAGAAGGUUAGUGCUAAUACUCCAACGUCUGAACAGCUAGCAUCCUUGAAUCUGAAGGAAGGGAGGAACACAAUAACCUUCAGUUUCCCUACGGUUAAGGGGAAGCAGCAGGUUGAUGCUCACAUGUAUUUGUGGAAAUGGAACACUCGUAUAGUGAUAUCAGAUGUAGAUGGGACAAUUACAAGGUCAGAUGUUCUAGGUCAAUUCAUGCCUUUAGUAGGAAUCGAUUGGUCACAGACAGGAGUUGCUCAUUUAUUCUCAGAUAUCAAGGGAAAUGGCUACCAGCUACUUUUUCUCAGUGCUCGUGCAAUAUCUCAGGCCUAUCAUACCAGACAAUUUCUAUGCAACCUUAAGCAGGAUGGGAAACUUUUACCAGAUGGCCCUGUUGUUAUAUCCCCUGAUGGACUCUUUCCUUCUCUAUAUCGAGAAGUUAUCCGGAGGGCUCCUCAUGAGUUCAAGAUUGCAUGUUUAGAGGACAUUAAGGCACUUUUUCCUCCAGAUUGGAAUCCGUUCUAUGCUGGUUUUGGAAAUAGGGAUACCGAUGAAGUCAGUUACCUUAAGGUUGGAAUCCCAAAAGGAAAAAUAUUCAUCAUUAAUCCCAGGGGAGAGAUUGCUGUAAACCGUCGUUGUUUUGACACAAAAUCAUAUACUUCUCUGCAUUCUCUGGUGAAUGGAAUGUUCCCCCCUACAAACUCAUCUGAACAGGAGGAUUUUAAUUCAUGGAAUUACUGGAAGUUACCUGAGACCUCUUCUGCUACAAAUAUUUGAAAGGGUCUUUUGGCAUUUAUCUUGUUCUGGUGCGAAUGGAUGUGCUGCUCCUAGAAUUAUAUAGUAUGACUAGUGUUGAAGAUGCAAUGCAACAAAUUUAGAACUUAGAUCAUUGAAGAUGGUUUUCAAGUCCUAAUGUCCUGGACCUCUUCAUGUAACCGAUUAGCACUGUGUAACUAAGCUCAAUGACAACAGCAUCAAUCUGUGGAAUUCGAUGUACAUAAUACAUUUUGCACGCGUGCUUCCUGCUUCAGAAUUACAACUUCUUCCUAGUCCAUGGUGUGACAUCAGAUACCAAUAUUGUUUUCUUAUUUGUACGGUUUGUUGUAGUGAUUAAUUUCACUCGAUUGUCAUGGAUAUUGCAAUAAAAAAAUCGUAUGAUGAGAAUCCCAUAAGUUUUUUUAACAUCUUUCUCUUCUCAUUAUCAA